ACGCCUGCUGGAGCAGCGGCCGUGUCUCCGAACCCCGGUGGGCUUCUGGGUCUUUAUCUCUCUGAGGCUCCCAAUAUUUCCUGGCAGAUCCACAAGUUUCGGGUUGUAAAUUCUCCCUGAUGUAUUGCAGGAGUGCAGGAAAGGAGCAUCUCGCCAGUGCUGAGCCGUCUCACGCAGGGACCAGCCAGUUGGGGCAGUGCCUGGCCAUUGUCUUAUAAUCCCCCUGCCCCCAACCUCUCCUUGCUGUCUCCCUCAGGGUCUGAGUGCUCGAUGGCCAGGAUCGUUCCACAGAAAGAUGCUCCCGGCACCGGCAUCUUCCGGAAGAGACACGGAGACUUCAUGGUCCGCUCCGACCUGGGCUGCUACUUGCAGACAGAGCAUCUGGAAACCGGACGCAGCAUCGAGAUCCGGGACCUGCACCCCUCGUGCCAGGGCGGGGAUCAUUACCUGGGCUCUGAGAGGGACCCCGACAUCUACAUCAUCAAGGGCGACUCCUACCGGGUGGUACAGGACCUGAGCACAGAUGAAGGAGCUCAGGUCUACCAGCUGCAUCCCAAUUGCCGCGGCGGGGACCACUACAUGAAAUGCGCCGACUUCUUCUUCAUCCUCUUCUUUGGCCAGGGGGUCGUGCGUGGUGUGUGCGAUUUAAGCACAGGCUCCAGCGGUGAAGACAUCCCCCUACAUCCCCAAUGCUGCCUGGGGCUCUACUACUUUGGCAUCGGGAGCUACUGGGCAUUGGUCACGGUGGACCAAAGAUGGGGAGCUCAGUUCCACCUCUACAAGAGUUUUAUCAACGCCAACUUGGCUGCAGCCUACUCCAUCCACCCUGACCUGGUGAGUUUCCUUCCUGGCGGGCUGGCCCUGACCAGGGGCCCCUCCUUUGGCAGCUGGGAGUGCAUCAAGACCCUCUCCAAUGAUUCAAACACCCCCAUCACCUGGACUCAUGCUGUGGCCCGGAAGGUGGGCUUCGCCAAGGAGAAGGUGGCCAGCGUCGGGCGCAACUGGAAGGUGGGCACUUCCGCCUCACUUGGGGCCGGGGAGCUGACGGCAGCUGUUGUCAAGGCCCAAUUCUCCCUCUCGGCCCAGUACGGUGGGAGCAGUGUUAAGAUGGAGAAGGAGGACUGGACUGAAGCCCGGGAGGAAGAGGAGACCUUCCAGGCUACCCUGGAGCCCAAACAGAGCCUCUACGUGUGGCAGUACCACCUUGGCCUGGGCCAGGAGCCCAUCUUGUUCUGCCGGGACAUCAAGUUCACCAAAGACCCCUCCCCGCCUGCCACCAUCCCACUGCCCCAAUUUUAAGACUACCUUGAGGUGGACCAACCAGCAUUGGCCAGGACAUUCUUGUGCAUCCAUGUGAUACAUCAUCAUCCUCUAGUGGUGACUGAGUCACAGCUAGGCACAGCUACCCAAGGUGGGUCUUUUAGCUCACACACUAAGAUCCCAAGGUUCAAACCCUGAUGUCAAUAACUCCCUGAGGGGCAUCGUGGUUACACGGAUUGAGCUUCUUUGACUCGCUCUUGUGUUAAUGUCUGGAAAUCAGCGAUGUGGCUGGGGAGUCCAAUGGUAUUUGCUAGAAUAGGAAGGCUGUUGUGUUAGUUAGGCCACUGAAGUGGGGCUGGAUUCAAUCCCUGGCUAGGAGCAACUGUCUUCCAUGAGUCUUUGGGUGGGUCAAAUUAGGGAAACUGAGGUAUCAAGUGAUUUAAGGGUGAAAGUGAUUUAGGCACCUCAGUCCCACUAAAAGCUUCCAUGUGACCAAGUCACUGCUAAAAAAUGGGGUUUGGCCCCUGAAUCACUUUGAACAAUUUGACUGUUUCCCCAUCUGGACAAUGGGGCCAGUAGUAUUUCUGUACUGCACAGGGCGUAGUGAGAAUUGUAGGCAUGAUUGGGCAUCCAUUUUAUGAAUUUGCCGCAGUGCCUGUUAGAUUUUAAAUCUAGCAAAGUAGAUUUGCCAGUUGGAUGAAUAUAUUCCAUAGCAAUUGAAUUGAGGAUAAAGCCCGUUUUGUUGAGUCCAGGCAGCUUACGUAUACAAAUGCUAGGUUCUGCUAUUUCCCAAAUCAGGGCACUCGCUUAUUCUUAACCAAUCAACACGCUUAUUAAUUCACCAAGGGCCUCACAGGUCAUGGUAAAUCCCUUAGAUUUAGAAAUCACAGUCAGAUAUCCAAUAGGGACUGAACCCAAAAAUACACGUCCAAUCAAGUGAAACAGAUUAGCAUUGACUGAUCCAUAAGAUUUCUUCCGACAUUUACUUCUCAUCAUCACUCGUCAAUUCUAUAGUAUUUCUGCUACGUUUAUCACCCUCCCAGGAGUACAGCAACUCUUGUCUUAAGGGACGUUGAGGAAUUUUUCAAAGCUCUGCUCUAGUUCAAAAGGGGUGUUUUGGGGAUCAGUUUUUGGCCUGUGUUCAGGCUUUGUGAUCACAUUGGUCCCGUCUGGCUUGGAAUCCCUGCUCUUGGAAAGGCUUGGUUGGAAGGGGGCUAAUUUAAGUGAUCAAAGCUUGAUAUUAUUAAGUUUCCUCUGGCCAAUUGACUUGGCUUUGUAAAGGUUUAUCCACAUAUCAUUGGUAAAAUCUAAACUACCAAUUCUUAGGUGUGUCACCAGGAAGAGGCUGGGCUCAUCAGGGAAUUUGCAGGUGCCGGUUUUUAAAGGCCACAACAAGAGGAACCCAAUCUCUGAAAUGAAAUCUCAUUGCGCCUUCUCAGCCCUGGGAACUGAGGGCAUCUUUCCACACGGCUGGUCUAAAUGUUGGUAGCACUUCUGCACCUGCCUUUGUGGAUUCUUCUGCUGAAGCCCUAUAACCUUGGAGGAAGGGCGAGUAGGAUCAAUGGGGGGUGAGCUAUCUCUGGGAUCCCACAGGGCAUCCUCGAUUUUAUACAUCCUGAUUUAAGGGCCAUUGGAAACCAACCGGCUUCUGAUUUCUACUGGACACUUGCUUCAUGACCAUCAGACUUGGGUUGUUUGCACUGUAGAUAAGAACAUAAGAACAGCCAUACUGGAUCAGACCAAUGGUCUCUCUAGCCUGGUAUCCUUUCUUCCAACAGUGGCCAAUGCCAGGUGCUUCAGAAGGAAUGAACAGAACAGGUAAUGUUUGGUCCCAGGACAUGUGAAAGAUGAGGCAGGUCAGGUAACGCCUUUUAUUGGACCAACUUCUUUUGAUGAAAGAGAAGUUUCAACUUCUGCACUAGCUCUGUGGAGCUUGAAAGCUUGUCUCUCUCAUCGACAGAAGCUGGUCCAAAAAAGGUAUCAACUCACCCACCUUGUCUCUCCCUCUCUCAACCUUUCGCUGAUUUCUUCUGCUGCUUCCAUCUACAUCCAGUAGAUGGUGAUGGUGUCCAACAAGUAUCUUCGAUGCUUUCCUUAGAGGGUUUUUAAGUUGUAUUCAUUUCAGUGACCGUAUUUCCCUGUAUUCACCCCAGCUAUGAGUUGGGAUCCUCCCCCCGCUUUUAAGCACUGUCUGUUGAUGCUUCGUUGAUUUCAGUUCUUUUUCCUUCUCGCACCCAACGAACCCUCUUAUGUCUAGGGUGCAAACAUCCUUCCGAAAGCAAACACAAUCCAUUAUAGUUCCCCGAAACGUAGUGGGCUUUUGGCUAGUUCUAAUAUCUUUCCUUUCGUACCCUUUGAUCUGAUGCAGACCAACGCACAGCUCCAAAUUGGGGGUGAAAGAUAACGGAGGAGCAAACAGAUUAUCCAUGGGAUAUUUUUCCUAGAUUCAGCCAUCCUGCUCUUCCAGAACAGUCUUUCAACUUUAGCUGAGCUGAGGUGUCACAAGGCUAAUGGUUGUUUUCUUAUGGUUGCUAGUUUCCAGCAGGGGUUCAGAACUAGCCUAUUUUGGGGGGAUCGGAGGGGAAUAGCUUUUCUGCCCUUUGAGGACCGAGAGGAACUAAAUAUUAUUAGCCACAUAUUCUAGGCACACUUCUAAUAGGAUGUAACCCAAACUGUGGGACAUUCAGAUAUUAACAUGAUUCAUACAAGUGACUGGCUAAGUAUUGGAUAACUGGGUUAUCCGAGGUCUGCACUAGCUGAUUUAAUGGUCCCUUUAAAUCCAUGAAUAUAAGACCUUUAUGGACUAUUUCCAUUACCUGAAACCUGCAUAUGGGCCUUUAACAUCCACAUUCACCGGAGAAAUGUCAACAAUUUGUCAGCUGUAAAUAAAGGAACUUUGCACAUUAA